CUCAGCACUUCCGACUUCCUACUCAUCGUUCAAAUUGGGUGACGAUUCAAUCCCGGGCGGUCGACUCGCAUUGUUCCACGGGGAAAGGACAGAGAGGUCAAGUGAGUACUCAGUAGAUAAGCAUGAAGUUGUAUGGCAGAGGCGUGCUAUGAAAUAGGGUUCAAUCAGAAUUGGGGGAGAAAUGCGAUAUUGAUCUCCUGCUGGAAUCGGAGGUAAUGGGGACAAAGCGAACGAGGGAUCGUGCUGUAAACAGUGCUAAUGAAUUUCUGCCUGUACCGCCUGGAUUUGUGUCAUUAACAGCCUUUACAUUGAAGGGGGUGGUGGCUGAUCCAGAAAUAGCUCAUCCCUUGGCUGCAGAAGUGGAGUUACCUGGGACAAUAGGCGUUCCACUUAGCAAGUCUGAAAGAAAAAAAUCUACAUACUCCUUAGUGGAUGAGCCGCAGACAUUUACAGAAAAGUCUGAUCGUAAUCCACAUAAGAAAGUUUCCCUUCCCAAAGGGGUAACCUGGGGGUGUGCAAAUUGCCAUGACUGCGUGAAGGUUACUGCCAGAUGGCAUCCUGAAGAAUCACACUUGCCAAUACUCGACGAUGCUCCUGUUUUCCGCCCCACUGAACUGGAGUUUAGAGACACCUUGAAAUACAUUUCCAAGAUCUAUCCAAAAGUGGAGAAUUAUGGAAUAUGUCGAAUUGUUCCCCCUUCUUCAUGGAGAUCUCCAUGCCUUCCUCAAGAUAAAAAAGCACGUGAAUCUUCAAAAUUGAGCACUUGUGUUCAAAGGAUAGACGGACUUCAAAAUUUGUGUUUAAAGAGAAAUCUAUCAUGGUUUAAUGAGAAGAUGGAAACUAAAAUGCCAGAAGUUGCAAUAGGCGGUGAUCCUGGGAUUUGCAAUGACUCUGUUGCAGAUUCCGAGGAAGCUCUUUCCAGUUUUGUGACAUCAGAAUUUACAAAAGGGCCUGAGCUCACCCUGGCAAGCUUUAAAAAGAAUGCUGACAAAUUCAAACGGCAAUACUUCUCUGACAAUGGAAAAGUAGCCAAUCUUGAAAUGGGUGGUAAGGAACCACUGAUUGCAAGAAUUGAGAAUGAAUAUUGGCGAAUCAUUUCCAAUCCAAGUGAAGAAGUCGAGGUGCUUUGUGGAACAAAUUUGGGUAAUCAAAACAUGUGGAGUGGGUUUCCAAGUAGCGAUACGGAUGAGUAUUCUGAGUAUGCAGAAUCUGGAUGGAAUUUGAAUAACAUAGCCAAGCUGCCUGGUUCCCUGCUUAGAUUCCAAUGUGACAAUAGUUCUUCCAUUUCAAAUCCACGGCCAUUCAUUGGGAUGUGUUUUUCAUCACAAUGUUGGAGAACCAGCAAUCAUCACUUGUACUCUAUCUCUUACUUGCACAAGGGUUGUCCUAAAGUUUGGUAUGGCGUCCCUGGAUCAUAUUAUUUCAAGUUUGUUGAAAUCACCAAAAAGUUGUUUCCGAGAUUGGCGAAACAUCCCAAGUUGGUCCAUGAGCUUGUAACUCAAAUCUCACCCUCUGUGCUAACAUCUGAGGGAAUACCGGUAUAUCGAUGUGUGCAGAAUCCCUCAGAGUUUGUUCUCAUUUUCCCUGGAGUUUACCAUUCGGAAUUUAGUUCUGGAUUUACUUAUUCUGAAUCCGUGUGUUUUGCGCCUUUUGACUGGUUGCUUCAUGGCCAGAACAUCGUAGAAGCCUACUCUGCAUAUUGCUUGAAAACAUCAAUCUCCUACGAUAAGCUGCUUUUGGGAGCAGCCCUGAAAUGUGCCGAUGCACAACGGCAAUUUUUGGUUAUGAAAAGCAACUCCGCCAAUAAUCAAUUGUGGAGAAGCGCCUGCGGAAAGGAUGGAAUCUUAACCAAAGCACUGAAGGUGCGGGUUAAGAUUGAAGGCAUUCGGAGGGAUCACCUCUGCAAUCCAUCCCAAUCGAGGGCAUUGGAUGAAUAUGAUACUGCCAUUAAAAGGGAGUGCUGCUUCUGCAAGUAUGACUUAUACCUUUCUUACGUAUGCUGUCCAUGUUCGCCAAAUAGGUUCUCUUGCCUGCGCCAUUCGAAGCAGCUCUGUUCCUGCCCAUGGAGCGCCAAACAGUUCAUUUUCAGAUAUUCAAUCGAGGAGCUGAACCUGCUAGUUGAAUCUCUGGAAGGAAACUUGAAAGCAAUUCACGGCUGCUCCGCGAUCAACUCUCAGUCGAACAAUGCACCACAACCUGAUGCGAUCCUAUACAGUUCAAGUGAUCGAUGCAAUGGGAGGACUUCCGAUCCGACUGUUGCCUCGGAUUCUAACAGCGCCAAUGCAGGUAAUAAUAUGACACCGGGUUCCAAUCAUCGGCAUCCUGACACAUGCGCGGCAACUGGUAUGAACUCGCCGCUGGAGUCUGGUGGGCGAUUAGCGCCGCCUGGAAAUAUGGUCAUCCUCCUCAGCGACGACGACGAGGAUUGAUCGGAAAAUUGGCAUGUGUGAUGCUUGCUUACAAGUGAUUGAUGAUCUGCCCAGAAAGGGAACUAACAUUCCCUGUGUAUGUAUCUCUAGAUUCGCCACUUUAUAUUUCAUCCAUUCAAUGCUUAGUUUUUGUGGAUUUAGAAAGAUUGUAGAUUUAGGGAAGAAUUGUUAGGGAAUAAAUAGCGAGUAUGUGAAAUAUAGGUUGCCAGCAUAUAGUUUGAAUUAGUAAAGCAUGAGUUUUGCCUAGAUUGUUAUUAUAUGCUAUCAAUUUAUAUU